AUGACUACAGUAGUAAAAAUACCAAAGGCUCUUCCCUCUAAUCGGAAAACGCACCAAUUUCUUGAGACCGAGGUUCCAAAAGACGACCGAGAAGAGGAGAAAACGUUUCUCGAGGAAGAAUCUGAAUGUCAUGAAGUCGACAGUGUCGUCGAAGAAGAUGCUGCGGCAGUCACGCAAGAUACAGUGGCGAUAGAGAGCAAGACGGUCACAUUCAAUCAAGUGCACAUUCAAGAGCAUUUUGUGACACUGGGUGAUCAUCCAUCGACUAUGCGAGGCCCACCGCUGACUCUAAGCUGGGCUCCCUGCGAAACGUACGCAAUGCACAUUGAUGAAUUUGAGUGUGUUGAUUCCGAUGGCAGAGUCGAUCGUUUGAGGCGAUCAGGCCCCGAGCUGCGUAUGCCUCCUGACGUUCGUCGGGGAAUGCUGAAGUAUACACAUACAUCGACGGAAAUAAGGAAAGUCGAGGUCGAGGCUCGCAAGGUGCGAUCUGCGCGUUCCCUUUCGUACGCACUCACAGAAGUUGAAUAUAUGACAGUGUUGGUACAAUCAGCAGCUCGCAAGCUCCGACGCUUUCGUCGAAAGUCUUCGAAAGACCCGCCAAGCCCUGCUGAGGUUUGGUUAUUAAAGGACAAAGAGCAACGGAAAGCAAGCAAGGGCAAACCUAAGAGCGAUCCCUUACUACUGGGACGAAGAGCCUCAUCAGGUACGACGAAAAUUACACAGAACCACAAAAAAGAAAUUAACGACACCUUGCGGAGCGAAGAGCUCGACAGAGAAGGAGCUAGACGACGCUUGGAAGAGCUCACUAUAGGGUGAUAGGAUCAAAUCUUAUUGUGGAGAGGUGAAAACAAUCAUACACACACUGCAUGCAUAUCGUUUACCAGAACUCGCCAGACAUACGGU